AUGUAUAAUACUUCCUUCUAUUUUGCUUCUCCUUAACCAUCCUAUAUUCAAUCCUCUUAUGUUAGAUAUGCUCAUCCACCAGUCAAAACCAUCAUUAAGCCAUAAAAUAUCCAAAUUCAACAUUCUGUCAGAUCUCCAAUUCCAUAUUAACCAUUAUAAUAACCAUACUCGUAUUCCUUCCAUCUACAUUAACCAGUUACUCAAUAGUUUUAGUCCAGGCAAUCCAAGCCAGCUCCACAAUCUAUGUCCACUUAUUAGGCAGCCCCAUAAUAUUAAUAUUAACCUCAAUAUUCUCAACCUCCAAUCCUAUCAUAAUAGGAAGACGAUCUCGAAAAGAAGUUCCAGGAUGCAAUCGAUAGAACCAGGGAUCUGGUACAGAAGUACAAUUAACCAUAACCAAAACAAGAAGAACAAUAACUACAGGAUCUGGCUCUGUAAUAUGAAGACGGAUACAUUUAUAGAGGACAAGGCUUUGGGGUUUUGACUGACUAAAAUGACAAUGAAGUCUAUAGUGGCAAUUGGCAAGACAACCAAUACCAUGGGUAAGGAAAACUGAUCAACUCAUCGGCAGAAGAAAUCAAUGGUCCUUUCGAUUUUAGGGAUCUCAAUAUCAUAGAGAAUGGAUGGUUAAGUUACGAAGGAGAGUUCUUUUAAGGGAAGAUGCAGAGGAAUGGCACUUUGUAUCUUACUAAUGGAGAACGCUAUGAAGGGCAAUUCAACGAUGGUAUGAUUGAAGGGAAAGGAGUAUUUGUAACUCAGGAUGGAUAAUAAAUUGAGGGAGAGUGGAGAGAAGGCAUAUUAGAACAUUGA